AUGCGGGCUACCAGCGUGUCAGUGCAGACUCAGGCUGGCGGAGCGGGGGAGGCGGAGGAGGCGCGGUUAGAUGACCGGCUUCUCAGCACAUUCCCAACCAUAAUGCGCUACAUUCCCGGUCCUCACCUGAACAUCUUCAAAAUUACUAGCAACCUUAAACAAAUUUUUAAUGAGAUUGCGGACACCCAUCGAGCCACCCUAGAUAAGAACUGCCCUCGCGACUUAAUAGAUUGCUUCCUCAUGAAGAUGGAAGAGGAAAAAAAGAAUCCAGACACAGAAUUUCACAAGGAGAACCUAGAAGGGAUAAUAUUCGACUUAUUCUUAGCUGGAACAGAGACUACAAGUUUGACGCUGAGAUACGGUUUCCUUAUACUCUUGAAAUAUCCUGAAAUACAAGAGAAAAUCCACAAGGAGAUUGAUAAUGUAAUCGGCAAAAAUCGCUGUCCAUCAAUAGAAGACAAGAGUAAAAUGCCGUACACAGAAGCUGUAAUCCACGAGAUCCAGAGAUUUGCAGAUAUUAUUCCUACAGGACUACCCCAUGCUGCCAGCAAAGACACAACCUUCAGAGGAUACCACAUUCCAAAGGGAACCAUGGUCUUUCCAAUCCUGACCUCUGUCCUGAAAGAUCCCAAACGAUUCAAGAAUCCAAAUGAGUUUGAUCCUGAACAUUUUCUUGAUGAGAAUGGUCACUUUAAGAAAAGUGAUGCAUUUAUGGCAUUCUCUGUCGGCAAACGUGUGUGUAUGGGAGAAGGCCUGGCUCGCAUGGAGCUCUUCCUCUUUCUAACUACCAUACUGCAAGAGUUUACCUUGGAGCCUACAACAGACAGGAAGAAUCUCAGCAUAAGACCAAUUGCCAAAAGCAAUGCUUCAACACCUCAGUCAUACCAGAUGAAGGUCGUCCCUCGUUUCUGA